CUGUGAACAACCGCGGUGGACCUUGACGGCGACGGGGGAAUGGGUUGCUGGUGACUUGGGAGAUUGCUGGUGGCAAUUUUUUGCUUCAAUCAGCCGAAGUAUCCAUUCUGUACAUGCCUUUGCUUUAGAUCUCUCUGAAUUUCCUCUGUUCUUCUCCGCUUUCCCUCCCUCUCGCCAUAAUUUGCAGCAGAAUUUGAAGCGUCGGUGGCGGAGUCAUGGAGAAGAUGAAUCAGGCGUUUGAGAAAAUGAAAAUGUUGGUAGGAGUUGAGGUGGACGACGAAGCUUCUACUGCUACCAUUAAUGACGAUAACUCUUCCUGGUUUAUGGACGAUUUCAACCGCAAUUGCACGCUAUCCACCAAACAGCGAUUAUAUGGUUUUGCCAUUUGCUUUGUUUCUGGCUUAACGUGUACGUUGAUGUCGAUGCUUGUUUUCUUCAAUCCAAUCAAAUUUGGAAUAGCUUUCACAUUGGGCAACAUGCUAUCGCUUGGAAGAUUUCACAGUUCCUGUUGUUUUGUAAUUGGUUGGGUGGGUGGCGUUGCUAAUAGGUUUUUACCGUUGGUUCAUGUAAUUGAUGAGUAUGGCACUCUCAGGAACGUUGGUGGAACUUUUAUGCUUGAACUUUAUAUGCUUAUUAGG